UCUCGUACAGCCAACACCACUGUACAGACCUCCAGACAGCCGAGAAAGUGUCGACAUAGUCACCAUGGCUCCUCUGUCACAGAAAAAACGCAGACUCGAAGAUGGGAUGCGCGGCAAGACAGAUCGACCUAAAAAACGAGUUCGCAAACAAACGGACUACCACAGUUCUUCAGACGAGUCAGAUGCGCAGGAGAACGGACAGUUUACCGCUGUCAACUUGAAUGAUUCGGAUGAGGAGACCAGCAAGCCAACAACUAAAGUGAAAAACACAAAGCCCGUAGAAGAAUCGGAGGAUGAUGUGGACGAAGACGGCCUCGAAGAGUCGGAGCAAGCAGACGAUUCCUCAGCGGACGACGACGAAGAUACAGUGCCAGGUGUCAAUCCUAAACGAAAGUCUACAAGCAAACGAAAUGACCCUGAAGCCUUCUCAACCUCGAUAUCCAAGAUCCUGUCAACGAAGCUUUCUCAAUCAGCACGUAAAGAUCCCGUGCUUUCUCGGAGCAAACAAGCCGUGGAGACGAGUACAUCCUUGGCCGAUGAGAAACUGGAGCGAAAAGCAAAAGCCAAGUUACGGUCAGAACGUCGCGAGGAUCUAGAAAGAGGAAGAAUAAAGGAUGUGUUGGGAUUGAACUCUGGCACGGCUGGCGAAAUCGCCGAGGAAGAGAAGCGAUUGCGAAAGGUCGCGCAGCGAGGUGUGGUCAAGCUCUUCAACGCCGUUCGAGCAGCCCAAGUCAGCAGCGAACAGGCGGCACGAGAAGAGCGCAAGAAGGGCACAGUGGGCAUGGCCAAUCGCGAGGAAAAGGCAAAUGAGAUGAGUAAACAGGGCUUCCUGGAUCUAAUUGGGGGAAAGAAGCAGGCCGCAGCAGUGCAAUAGAAUACACAAUUCCAGGCCCAGUAUCGGCAUUAUUGUGUCUUGGGGGUCCCAGGAUAAGAGCGAUGAUAGUUUAUGAUAGUACAUAUACA